CCGCCCUCAGAGCUCUCUCUCUCUCAUUCUGGCCAGGUCCGCAUCCAGCCUGGGUAGAGGAGCCUCAGACCCCGGCCUCCCUCCCUGGGGCCCCUCUCCCUCCCCCGCCCGGCCGGCAGAGACCCAAGCCCGGAACCAGAGACAUGGCCCCCGGCAGCCGGAGCCCCUCGUCCCAGGAGUUGGUGACAUUCAAGGAUAUUAUGGUGGAUUUCACUGAGGAGGAGUGGGGGUUCCUGGACCCUUCUCAGAAGGAGCUGUACAAGGAGGUCAUGCUGGAGAAUGUUCAAAAUCUGCUGUCCCUGGAUGUAGAAAAUGAUUUCAAAGUAAAUGAGAUGAGUAAAAAGCUGGGAAUUUUUUUGGAAGAACAUGACCUACGAAGAUUCAUGGAUGAUGGUCCCUGUGACUUCAAUUUGAAGGAAAUGAAUGAUUUUAUUCUCAAAGUAGAUAAAUACCCAAAGAGUGAUUGUGAAUUUUAUGAAAUUGGAAAGAGAUUCAGAUGGUCUUCUAUCCUAAAUCACUGUAAGAAAAUGAUCUCAGGAAGUCAUUAUCUUCAAGGUAGUGAAUACAAGAAAUGUUUCACUGAAGAGGUAGAGCUGUUGGUUCCAGGUUAUCAAUGGGAUAUCGCUGUGAAAUGUAGUUCAGACCUCAAUGGCCAUCAGAAAAGCGAUAAUGGAGAAAUGCUUUCCAUAAGUGAUAAAAGUGAGAAGGUUGUCAGUCAGAGCUCUAAUCUCCUUACUCAUCAGCAAAUGCAUAUUAGAAAAGAACCCAGUGAAUAUAAUGUAGGUGAAGCAACCUCAUCCUAUCACUCAUCUCUUCCUUACCAUCCUGGAAUGAAAAGAUAUGGAUAUGAUCAGUGUGGGAAAGCCUUUGGUUGGAAUCCAGCUCUUGCUAGCCCUCAGAAGGCUCAUACUGGAGAGAUGUCUCAUAAAUGUACUAAAUGUGGGGGAGCUUUCUAUUACGGAUCAUUCCUGUUUGACCAUCAGAGAAUCCACCCUAUAGAGAAGCCGUAUUUAUGUCUUCAGUGUGGAAAGCCUUACAUAUGCAGUGAAUGUGGGCAAACUUGUACAGAUCUCUCCAGUCUAGCAAAACAUAAGAAAACCCACAUUGAAGAAAAGGCUUUUGAAUGUAAUCAGUGUGGAAAGACUUUUAAACGCAGCUCCCAUCUUGCUAGACAUCAGGGAAUCCACAGUGGAGAGAAACCUUUUAAAUGUAAUCUGUGUGGAAAGGCUUUCACACAGAGUUCCAAUCUUGGUUUACAUCAGAAAAAGCAUACUGGAGAGAAACCUUUUAAAUGUAAUCUGUGUGGAAAGGCUUUUAGAUUCAAUUACAGGCUUGCAGAACAUCAGAGAAUCCACACUGGAGAGAAACCCUUUAAAUGUAAUCAAUGUGGAAAGGCUUUUAGAUGCAACUCAAAUCUUGCUGCACAUCAGAGAAUCCACACUGGAGAGAAACCUUUUAAAUGUAAUCAAUGUGGAAAGGCUUUCACACAGAGUUCCAGUCUUGCUUUACAUCAGAGAAUUCACACUGGAGAGAAACCUUUUAAAUGUAAUCAGUGUGGAAAGGCUUUCACAAACAGUUCCAGUCUUGCUUUACAUCAGAGAAUCCACACUGGAGAGAAACCUUUUAAAUGUAAUGAGUGUGGAAAGGCUUUCAAACAGACUGCCCAUCUUGCUUUACAUCAGAGAAAUCAUACUGGAGAGAAGCCUUUUAAAUGUAAUCAAUGUGGAAAGGCUUUCAUACAGAGUUACAAUCUUGCUUUACAUCAGAGAAAUCAUACUGGAGAGAAACCUUUUAAAUGUAAUCACUGUGGAAAGGCUUUCAGAUUCUCCUCCAGUCUUGUUAAACAUCAGAGAAUCCACACUAGAGAGAAACCUUUUAAAUGUAAUCAGUGUGGAAAGACAUUCAUAUAUAAUUACAAGCUUGUAGAACAUCAGAGAAUCCACACUGGAGAGAAACCUUUUAAAUGUAAUCAAUGUGGAAAGGCUUUCAGAUUCUCCUCCAGUCUUGUUACACAUCAGGGAAUCCACACUAGAGAGAAACCUUUUAAAUGUAAUCAAUGUGGAAAGGCUUUCAGAUUCUCCUCCAGUCUUGUUACACAUCAGAGAAUCCACACUGGAGAGAAACCUUUCAAAUGUAAUCAAUGUGGGAAGGCUUUCAGAUCCUCCUCUAAUCUUAGUACACAUCAGAGAAUUCACACAGGAGAGAAACCUUUUAAAUGUAAUCAAUGUGGAAAGGCUUUCACACAGAUUGCCAAUCUUGCUGGACAUCAGAAAAUCCACACAGGAGAGAAACCUUUUAAAUGUAAUCAAUGUGAAAAGGCUUUUAAACGCAACUCUCAUCUUACUAAACAUCAGAAAAUCCACAUUGGAGAGAAAUCUUUUAAAAUGUAAACAAUGUGGAAAGAAUUUCAGAUCCAGUUCUCAUCUUGUCAGACAUCAGAGAAUCCACACUGAAAUGAAACUUGUUUUUUUGAUGGUUUUUUUUUUUUUUUUGGGUGGGGGGAACGGGGUUGGAGAGGAUAAUAGUGGGAAGUGUACUAGCCUUUGGAUUGACCUGCCUCUUGAUCCUCUAAUUUAAAGGAAGGCAUUAUUACAGUAAUGAUACAUGCAAUAGACUAUAAGAACUGAGAAAGCUUUGAAAACUGUUUUAUUGAAUUCAUUACUACUCAAAAAAUAAAUUUAACCUUUGCAGAUUUGUUUCUUGACAUAUUUUGCUGUUUGGGGUAAAUUUAAAAUGUUCAUUUGUAUGAAUUUCAAAAUUAAAGAAG